GAAGAUCACUUUACAUCACUGACUGUUGGCUUCAACGACUUCUGAUCGCGUUUUGAUUUCUUCUCGGACUUUUUUUUAAUUCAUUGAACUCUACCGCUAUCUGGAUACGAUGGCCAGCUCGGCACAGCAGCUCCUCGGUUUCUUCCUCUCACUGCUCGGUCUCGCUGCCACUGUUGCCGCUACUUUCAUGGUUGAAUGGAAGAAGCAGUCCCAGGGCAAGCACCGCAUCUAUGAGGGAUUGUGGAUGACCUGCAGUGGCACUGAGAGAACAAUCUGUGAAAUUCACCAGACCAUGUUGAAGCUGCCAACUGAGGUCCAGGCAACCAGGGCCGUGUUGCUGCUCAGCAUCUUCAUCUCCACUGUGGCACUACUUGUCUCCACGGUAGGAAUGAAGUGCACCCACUUCAUGGACAGCAAGACUCAGACUAAAUCCACAGCAGCUAUGAUUGGAGGACUUAUGUUCAUGGUUGCAGGGUUAUUGACCAUCAUCAUAACUUCCGUGUACGUCAAAAUGAUUGUUCAGAUCUUCGGUCAAUCCCAUCGACUGCUAAGCUUUGAGUUUGGCCACGCAGUGUUUGUCAGCUGGGCUGGUGGCUUCCUCACUAUGGCUGGUGGAGCUUUCCUGAGCUGCCGGAGAUGCUCGCGGUCCCAAUCGACCGAGUCAGUACACGCAAACCCACACCUCCCUACCACCCACUCGAAGUCCAACUACGUCUAGUAGAGGAGUUUGAGGGAGGGGCCAGGAGAGGCCUUGAAACAGUCAGUCCAGAGGAGAAUUUCUAAACUGGAGUCGGUUGUGUUCCUACCAUGAAGAAAUGUCCCUCUGCAGGAUUAUAAAUACUACCUAUAGAACAUCAAGGCAGCAGCCAGGAUUGGGAUUACACACGAGAUCAGGCUGCGUGUAAUGACCCAAUGUCCCAUUUUUUAAGCUUGUUUGUUUGUUUCUGUUUCAAUACAACACUUUGUUACUUUGGUGCCAUCAGUCACUGCAGUAGUUCUGCUGUUGUCAGCUGUUUUUCCCCCAUUCAGAGUGAAAUAUAAGCAUUCAAUUAUUACCUCAAUUUUUACACACAAUGAACUUUGUCAGCCUUUGUCUGAUGACAUGAAGUAACUCUUCACAACUAGCAAUGAAGAACCCUCAGCAGUUUAAAGCGUAGACAUAGUUUUGACGCUUCUGUACUUUAAUGGUGUACUUUGCCAUUCACAUCAUUCCCUUCACCUCUUCAAUUUCACGCUGGUGUUAUAGAUGAAAGUUGAUAAUUGUAUGAUUAAGUGUUAUAUUUUAUUCUCAUAUUUUCAUGUACUUGUGUGAUAUUGUUAUAUGGCAGUUUGAAAGAACAAAUUUUAAAAAGUAUUUGGUUUAUUUCACUCUGGUUUACAUUUUGUCAUAUUACAUACAGUAUUAAACAUGCUGAUGUGGUAAAUUCUUAUAGCUUGUGUUGAUAUAAUCAUAGCAUAAUUGUUUGAUUGACUGAAAUUUUGAGGUUACAGUAGAAACAGUGAAACAGUAGAAAAAUGUUCAUUGCAUUUGAAAUGAUUUUGGUUAUUUAUUACUGCAUGGGAUUUAGCAUACAGUUGCAUAUUGUGAUUUAAAAAAACACAUAAGAGAAGAAAAUGUUAAAAAUACUGUAAUAUUAAUUUCAGUCAUAUCAGUUUAAUCAGUCCCUAUUUGAAACACGCAAGGCAUGAAUAUUUGGGCUUCACUCCACUGAAGGUUGCUUCCUUUCAGGAAGGCACCUAUCAAGUGAAGGUUUUAGCCAAAAUACGUGACAUUUUCUCUGUUAACUUCUGCAUGUGCCACCGGAAGUAAAACUACAUAAAUAUUAGUAUCAGAAUAUACUUAUAUACUUGGAAUUACUCAAGUACAGUAAAAUUAUCUGAAAUAUGUACUAAAGUACAGUACUUGACUUAAUGGACUUUGUUAUUCUCCACCACUGGCCAUGGUAGAGACUGUGUAUGGCACCCCUGAGGCCUCAGUCUCUGUUUCAAGUGCAGAAUCAAAGGUAAAUCCAUAUGACAAGAAGCAACUUCAGUGAAAUAGUCUGUGUGAUGUAAUGAAGCAGGCAGUGUAAUAUUAACUUCUCUGAAUUCUGUAACUAAUAUAAAUAAAUAAUAAUAAAUGG